CACUAAAAUUAAACGACAAAUGUCAUAUGUACUAUUGAAAUAGUAUAAAUACUUAGGACUAGGGUCUUUCAUGGCUAUUAUAUGAACAUAUUUGUCUCAGACAGGACAAAAUGAAUUAUCUUCCGUUGACAAUCUUUGUGAAUGCAUUCUGCACAGCAUUUUCAAUAUCAGUUGCAGAAAACAAUUGUGAAAAUGGUGGGACAAAAUGCAAGGAUAACGUGCAAUGUAUUCCAAGGGGUGGACUAUGUAAUGGAUAUGUCCAUUGUGAAGAUCAAUCUGAUGAAGAUCCUGAAUUCUGCAAAAAUUUCAACUGUUCAAGUGGGGCUUUGAAAUGUAAAAAUAACAUAGAAUGUGUAAGUCGAGAUUCUCUAUGCAAUGGAUAUAAAAAUUGUAACGAUGAAUCUGAUGAAGAUCCAGAAAUCUGCAAAGAUUUCCAGUGUCCAAGUGGCUAUAUUAAAUGUAGAGACAACUUGCAAUGUUUUCGCAUUAAUUUCCUAUGUGCAGGAACAGAAGAUUCCUUCUGUCACGAUCGGUCAGAUAUUGACCCAGAGUUUUGUAGAGCCAACGCACCGGAAUGUCCCAAAGGGGAAGUAAGAUGUAAGAAUGGAGUACACUGUGUUAAUCCAAGGUACCAAUGUGAUGGUCUUGUUCAUUGUCCAGAUAAGUCAGACGAAGACGUAAACAUGUGUGGAGCUAAACAAUGUCAGCCUUAUGAGGUUAAAUGUAAAAAUGGAUUACAAUGCAUUUUUAAAUCUUACCUCUGUGACAAAGAAGCAGACUGUGAUGAUAAAUCUGAUGAAGAUGAAGAUAGCUGCAAGGAAGCAAAAAGAAAUAUACAUAAUUUCCUGGACUAUCACAGAGCAGUGCGUGGACUACAGAAAUCAAAAUAAAGAUAUCUAAAUAUUGAUGUCUUCAACUGUGCAUGACAUUUUAGCUAAUUUUUGGUAUUUCCAAUUGAACAUUGUAUACCAGAUUUACACUAAUGAAAUAUAAGCACAUGAUAUUAGAAAAAAAUCAUAUUAAUUAAAGCAUAAUUUAACUUA